AUGAUAACCACCGACACGACCGGCCUGCCAAAACUUCUCCAACUCCCUCUCGAACUCCGCCAACAAAUCUAUUCUCACCUCUGCCCUGCCUCCCCAAUCUCCAACCCUAUCCCCGCAGUCGGGAUUACCAGUGUAUCCCACAGCCCUCCUCCCGUCCCUUUUCUCUUGACCAGUCGCGCCAUCUACUCCGACAUUCUCCCUUACUUCUUCUCUAUUGCAACUUGGAAACUCAUCGCCUCUCACGCCUUCAAUUUCUACCGCAUCGACCCCACUCUCUCCAACUUUGCCUCUUCGCUUCUGUUGCACAGGAUACAGAAGGUAGAGUUGGUGCUCUGGUUCGACGGCAGUCUCUUGAAAUCGUAUCCGUCGCUGAAAACACACACGUAUUGCACGGAGAUCAGGAAGAGGGCAAUGAGGACGUGUGAGAUUUUGGCGGUGGCACCAGAGUUGAGCACCGUCACUGUGAGUUGGGUCGACUCGACCGUCGGGGAGNCAAUGGAUGAAAAGAGGGACGUGCUGGAUGCGCUACGGAGGUUAAAUACGAAUGUUAGGAUCGAGGUGGGCGUGCUUGAAUGGAGUGGUGCGCAGGGUGGAGACGAAAAGAGAGGUNUCGAGAGCAAGAUUAAGGGGUUCAUCCAUGAUGCCCGUCCGGUUGCUGCUUUGUGA